AGCAUCACCUCCCAGAAUACAUUCUUUAAACGCGGUCAACUUCCAGUUUGCAAGCAGUCAGCUUCAGUAACGCACUUUGGGAAGCGAUCGAUUCGAGGGCCGUCGGAUAUGAAGAGUUAGGCUGGACAUUCGGAUGAAGACAAAGUAACGGUUUUCAAAAUGAAUCUCCAUGCACCAUUCAGUGUGAGACUGCUGUUGCUGUUUGUUCUUUUUGCAGUUCCUGUUGAAUCGGGUGGAAAGUCUAAUGUGGGGCCAUGUGCUGGGAGAGACUGCAGUGGUCCAUGCAAGUGUUUUCCAGAGAAAGGGGCCCGUGGUCAGCCUGGUCUUCUUGGCCCACAAGGACCGACUGGGCCUCCAGGCUUCCCUGGCCAUUCUGGUCAUCCUGGCCCUAAAGGAGAGAAAGGUGAACGGGGAAGGUCAGGACCAUCUGGCCCUAAAGGCAGUGUGGGAGCAGAAGGCGUUCCAGGCUUUACUGGAGCUGACGGCAUUCCUGGUCAUCCAGGUCAAGCUGGACCAAGAGGUAAACCAGGUGCUGAUGGCUGCAAUGGAACAAUUGGAGACUCUGGCCACUCUGGAGUGCCCGGGAUUGUUGGAUUUCCUGGAUUGACGGGCAUCAUGGGCCCUAAAGGACAAAAGGGUGAGCCUUGGCAUGUAACAGUAAUUAUGGAGCAAAUGAGGGGAGAUCCAGGUGACCCUGGCUUUCAGGGAUUCCAGGGUCCUAAUGGAGCUCCAGGUCCUAUAGGUCUGCAGGGCGCUUCAGGUCCUCUAGGACGACCAGGACCCCCUGGACCACCUGGACCAAAGGGUUCCCAGGAAACAGCACUGAAAGGAGAAAAAGGAGAACUAGGUGAUGCUGGGCCACCAGGAGAACCCGGGAGAUACACUUUUGAAGCACCCAAACCUUCUAUUAAAGGGCCGAGAGGUGACAUAGGAGGUAAGGGACCCAAAGGAAAUAUAGGAGAGCAAGGUCUACCUGGUUUUGGGGCAGAAAAAGGAGAAGACGGGGUAGUAGGUUUUCCAGGUGGAAGGGGUGCACCAGGCAUAGAUGGUUUGCCAGGGAUUCAUGGAGAAAAGGGAAUGACUGGAACUGAUGGUACCCCAGGACAACAUGGAUUUAAAGGACUGAAGGGUGCCAGAGGUGACACAGGACCCAAAGGAACAACAACUUUUAUUCGAGUUGUCCCUUCCCAGAUUAAAGGUGAAGCAGGAGAUGUUGGCGUUGAAGGAGAAAGAGGAACCAAGGGUAACAGAGGUGACUCAGGCGAGGCUGGUCCAGCUGGCUAUCCUGGUAUACCUGCAAGCACAGCUGGGAGACGUGGUAAACCAGGUCUUCCUGGUCCACCAGGAAAGCGUGGUGAUACUGGUGACACUGGAGCUCCCGGAUCUGGUGUUCCUAUUCCUGGGCUUCCUGGAAAUGAUGGCCGUCACGGUAACCCUGGUCUUCCAGGAAAAAAAGGACAAACUUCGAAAGGAACUGGAUCUCCAGGAGAACGAGGUGCACCUGGCCGCACUGGAGAGAGAGGCUUUAAAGGAGACCACGGUGAAUGUGCAUGUGAACAGCAGACGCCAGGAGAACCUGGUGAGACUGGACGGCCUGGCCCAGAGGGACUUCCAGGCAGGACUGGAGAACAGGGCCAGCGUGGGGAUCCUGGUGACCCAGGACCAGGAGGAGAAAGAGGGACUCAGGGUCCUCAAGGAGACACUGGCUCACCUGGGCUAAAAGGCCCGAAAGGAGAAGCCAUUGUAGUCAAUGAGAAAGGUAGCAAAGGAGAUACAGGAGAUGCAGGUUUACCAGGAUUUGUAGGUCCCAGAGGGCUACCAGGACGUGAUGGUUUUCCUGGUGCAAAAGGAUUCAAAGGUCUUUCUGGUGAUGGAGUUAAAGGACCCCAAGGAGACAAAGGAUACCAAGGUCCACCAGGUCAAUCAGGAACAGUAGGUGAAACCGGUCUACCUGGCCUUACCUACCCCUCUGUGAUUGGUCCCCGAGGACUACCAGGUGAUGUUGGCUUUGAUGGGCCCCCUGGACCUUCAGGUGCCCAAGGGAAUAAAGGUGACUGCGGAUGUUGCACUGCUCAGGGUCAUCAGGAAGGUGUUGGGAGACAGGAGAAUGAGACGGCACCAACAGGUGAGCCAUGCAGCACCAAGGGAGAGCCUGGACCCCCAGGACCUCCAGGGUUGCCAGGCUUGAGUGGAAGGAAAGGAGUAUUUGGAUUUCCAGGAUUACCUGGACCAAAAGGCAUCACUGGAAUCAAAGGUGAAUUUGGCAGUCCAGGUUCAGGAGGGCAACCAGGGCCUCCAGGAUUUAUUGGGCCUCGUGGAGAUGAAGGUGUUCCCGGUGAAACUGGACAGCCUGGCUUCAGAGGUAAACCAGGAAACCCGGGAACCUCUGGCUCUCUGGGGCAGAAAGGAGCCCAAGGUGAUAUACUUGAUGCUGUACCUGGGCCCAAAGGAGAAUCUGGACCUCAUGGAUCAUUAGGACAGAAAGGACAUCCAGGUGAACAAGGACCACCAGGAAUCCCAGGAAGACAAGGGAUGCCAGGAUUAACAGGCCCUAAGGGUGUGAAAGGUUCUCUAGGUUUCAAAGGGAUUAUGGGUUUACCAGGACCAAAGGGAGUGAGUAGGCAACCUGGAAAUCCAGGAGAAUCAGGAAUUCGUGGAGUACCUGGUAACACAGGAAUCUCAGGCUUCCCGGGAGAACGAGGGGAUCCAGGACAACAAGGCCCACCUGGAACCAUAGGUAUAAAAGGAUAUUCUGGCAUUCAUGGAGAUAUGGGACCUCAAGGACAACAAGGUCUACCUGGCAAUAGAGGCUUACCUGGACCAGAGGGAUAUCCUGGUAUACCUGGACAGAAAGGAACAAAGGGCUUUUUUGGCAUGCCAGGAUUUGAUGGUGUUGUUGGGCAGAAAGGAUCUCGGGGCUCUCCAGGCUUGCAUGGGGAGAUUGGAAGUAUUGGAUUCACUGGCACUAAAGGAGUGCUUGGUCAGAUUGGAGAAAAAGGUGAUCGAGGAAAAGCUGGGGAUCCUGGACCUGUAAAUAUGCCACCAGUUGGUGAAUUAAAAAUGAAGGGGGAGAAGGGUUCACAAGGAGAAAUGGGUCAUAGAGGCUUUACUGGACCAAGAGGUGACAAAGGAAUGCCUGGGCCCCCAGGUUCACAAGGCUAUCAUGGAAUGCCUGGAGAACCUGGUGAGGAAAAGGGUGUGGUGGGUCCAGCAGGAACAAUUGGCCUUCCAGGUAUAAAAGGGUUGCCUGGCCAACAUGGACCUACUGGCAUUGAAGGGUUUCCCGGCAUGCCUGGAUAUAAAGGUGAAAAAGGAAGGACUGGAGUGCAUGGCGUUACAGGUGAAACUGGCAUCAAGGGACUGAAAGGGGAGACUGGACCAAGGCUAGAUAUGCCAGGGCCAACAGGCAGUCGAGGAGAACAGGGUCUGAAUGGACAGCCAGGGAGCCAUGGUCAACCCGGUGUUCCAGGCGAUAUUGGGGACAGAGGUUUCCAAGGAAUUGAUGGAAUGAAAGGUCAGAAGGGCAUUGAAGGAUACAGAGGAGAAGAGGGUUCUAUUGGUCUACGUGGAUAUGAAGGAUCUCAGGGUCAGACAGGUCCGCAUGGCUUUUCAGGCCAGUCUGGCAGUCCAGGGAAGCCAGGACUUAAAGGACAACCAGGUUUCCCUGGCACAAAAGGUUUGCCUGGCCUCGAUGGACUUGUGGGGCAAAAAGGCCUCCCAGGAUCACCCGGUGUGGAUGGCCUGGGUUUUCCAGGAGAGCCUGGCUUCGCAGGGCAGAGAGGAGAACCAGGAGAUCUCAAUGAGCAGACUGGAUUUCCAGGAACUCGUGGGGAGAAGGGAAAAAGAGGAGAUCCAGGUGAAACAGGCCUGGAAGGUGACAGAGGCUUCCAAGGUCCACCUGGACCCCCAGGCAUCUCUGAGAAAGUGGGGCUGCCUGGUGAUGUGGGCCCAUCAGGAAUACAGGGUGAAAAAGGUCUUCAAGGCUUCCAAGGAUUUCCUGGCAGACCUGCAGAGAAUGGUGAAAAAGGACAGCAGGGGGAUCCUGGAUCCUCUGGAUUUAGAGGACCAGAUGGAUUUAAAGGGGAUUAUGGCUACCAGGGUCCACAAGGAAUUGAAGGGAUUGCGGGACAGAAAGGUGAAAAAGGUGCUCAAGGUCUGAUGGGACUUCCUGGCAGAAGUGGAACAGUGGGAGACCAUGGCCCUACAGGAGCAAAGGGCAAUGCAGGACCUCCUGGUUUUGCGGGUGACCCAGGAUCUCCUGGACUGCCACCAAUUCCUCCACAAGUGAAAGGGGAACAGGGGGACCGUGGAAAGAUAGGAUUUCCUGGACCUAAUGGAGUCACAGGAGAACAGGGACAUGUAGGUCCCUCAGGGAAUCCAGGAAUCCCAGGUGCCAAUGGAAAGCCUGGUGCUCAGGGAGCAAGCGGUAGGCCAGGCAUACCAGGAAUCAGAGGUGAUGUUGGACAUGUUGGUCAGCAGGGUCUCCAGGGCUUCGAGGGACAUUCAGGCCGUCAAGGUACUCCAGGACAUCCUGGAAUGCCAGGCCGCAGCGUCAGUGUGGGAUACCUACUGGUGAAGCACAGUCAGUCUGACCAGAUACCCAUGUGUCCAGUGGGAAUGGCCAAACUUUGGGAUGGAUACAGCCUGCUUUACUUUGAGGGGCAAGAAAAAGCUCACAAUCAAGACCUGGGAUUGGCAGGAUCAUGUCUCCCAAAGUUCAGCACCAUGCCGUUCCUGUACUGCAAUCCUGGAGACGUCUGCUACUAUGCCAGCAGAAAUGACAAAUCCUAUUGGCUGUCCACCACCGCCCCCAUCCCCAUGAUGCCAGUGGAGGAAGACCAGAUUAAACCGUACAUCAGUCGGUGCUCUGUGUGUGAGGCCCCUUCACUUGCCAUCGCUGUCCACAGCCAGGACAUCACCAUCCCUCAGUGUCCUGUAGGCUGGCGCAGUUUGUGGAUUGGCUAUUCCUUCCUAAUGCACACGGCAGCAGGUGAUGAGGGUGGUGGCCAGUCUCUGGUAUCACCUGGCAGUUGCCUCGAGGAUUUCCGCGCCACUCCCUUUAUCGAGUGCAAUGGAGCCAAAGGGACCUGCCACUUUUUCGCCAACAAGCAUAGCUUCUGGCUGAUGACGAUAGACACCUCCUUCCAAACAACUUUCACCCCGGAGACUCUGAAAGCCGGUCAGCUUCUGUCUCGGAUAAGCCGCUGUCAAGUGUGCAUGAAGAACCUCUAAGGUCCACGGUGGCAGAGUCUUCACAUGGUGCUUAUUUAACUUAUUACCUCUGUGAAAGCAGCGGGCCGAACUCUUGGGCACCCAAGCGAGUGGCACUAAUAAUGAAGGCUUGUAGGACGAAAUUCGCUUGGCUCCACUCGCCGUCCUCUUGCUUCAUUCUGCUCCUUGGUUCAUAAGUGCCACCUCUGCAGCUCCCACAAGUGCCAAUGAUGUCUCAGUUUUUAUUGAACUCGGCAAGUGAAAAGGGUGGCAUACAGGGUCUUCUUUUUCAGCAUUGCCCAUCACUGUUAUCUUAUCUUGCAUAUUCACCAAGCAUAAUUAGAGUAUAAAAACAAACUGAAAUCAACCUGUAAAGCUCAUCGCCUUUAGGGUGCCACCACUUUUACCAGGCAUACAAGACAAGUGUGCAUCUCUGCUGCUCAGUACGCAUCUCACUUAUUUGUGCCUGGCACACACUGCAUUGAUGAGGUGCCAAUCCAGUCUGGAAUCUCCCGUCUCUCACAGUUUAAGCUCCUAGGGAGACAGUAUGCUGCAGUACCUGACCAUCUUUGGAGAGCCAGGUGUGCCACCAUGCAUUCCAACCUUCUCAAUGACCACUCCUAAACAGUAAUGCCAUCUGUAGCCCUAAAUACCCACCAAUUUAGUAUUGUGUAGCUCGGAAUGCUCACUGCUUUGUCGCCUUUGUUGCCUGCUUCACCACUGCCAGCUAGUGCCCGCUCAAUGUGCUUCAUCACCAUAAUCGCUCCUAGCCCAAAGACUUGCUAAGUAACAUUAAUGGCACAUAAUAGCGCUCAGUGCCCCCUGCUUCAGCAAUGAAGCCAAUGCUUUAAAGAAAUGGCAACAAGUGCUGCCACUGUUUCCCAUCACUUUCACUCACAGAAUGGCAGCCUCAGCAGCAGAGAGGCGAGUGGUGCCCAGUGCCAUGACAUGUCAAAUUUAAAGUGGGUGUUUUUUGUGCUGGCUGGUAAAGGUGACCCCGGGGCACAAGCCCACCCUUGUCUUGGAUGUCCCUGUCCACUUGCACUCAUGGGAGCGCAGCGCUUAUGGCCAACGGUCAAGCGGGUCACUCGCUCAGGUUGCCUUUUCCUUGAUGCACUGAAGAGUAUUUUGUAACCUUCAUUUCUAGAUUGAUUUCCGAGUGCGCUUUAUCGAUGUUGUAAAGUCGCCAGGCUCGCCACCAUCCGCUUGUCUCUGUGGACGUCUCUGGAAUUCUCUCUUUCAUAUUAAAUUGAGUUGUUGUUUUUUAUACAUUGUCACUGUACUAAAUAAAUUACUGUUGUUUAACUCCUUA